CUGUCCAAGAUGUUCAGGCUGAGCUGAAGAUCCCUCUUCUCUGCCGAGCGCCAAGAACCAUGAACAGGCAGGGCAACAGAAGGACAACAAAAGAAGGAUCCAGUGAUUUGAAAUUCCAGAACUUCGCUCUACUGAAAAAUAGGUCCUGGCCGCGCCUCAGCAGUGCCACAGGUGGGGACCACAGGGCCGGCGAGCCUCCUGACCACGAAAGGAAAUUUGCUGCAAUCCUCGAUGGAAUGAAAGGUCACAGUGACGAUGACUAUGAAGACCUGGACUUGCAGAUGGUGGAGGCGUGGCAGUCGAUGCAAAUCUCACCAGCCCCGCCCAUAAAGGAGUCUGAGUAUGCAGACACACGCUAUUUCAAGGGUGUGGUGGACGCUCCGCUUCCAUCGAACGCCAAGACCUCUCUCCCCACCGGGGUGCAAACCUGGAGCCUGCAGGAGAGGCUGGACGGAGUGCAGAAACCCAUCCCCAGGGACGUCAGAAGCCAGCAGGUCACAGGAGACAAAUCCAUAAAAAAGAACAAGACUCCAUUCCCACCUCCUCGGCCUCCUGCCGCACUCCUGAGGAAGCCCCAGCCCCUGCCCCGGGAGCCCAAGAGCUGCAGAUCUCUCCCUCCCAGAGGGCCCAGCUCUUCCUUCAUGGUGAGAAGCCCCAGUGUUCAAGACAGAGAUCCCAAAGGAAGCUGGCAGCCCUCCCCUCCUCAGAGGUGCCGGCCGCCAGCCUGCAUGGGCCCUCGUGGAGACCUGCCGCCCUGUGACAACACAGGCUGGAGAAAACCCCUCCCUGCCAGGCCUGGUGAAGAGACUGCCCAGAAGGAAUGGUACGUUGGGGAACACAGUCGCCGGGCAGCUGAGGCGGCACUAAUGCAGGAGAACAAGGACGGUACUUUCUUGGUCCGAGAUUGUUCCACGAAAUCCAAGGCAGAGCCGUACGUGUUGGUGGUGUUUUAUGGCAACAAAGUCUACAAUGUGAAAAUCCGCUUCCUGGAGGGGAACCAGCAGUUUGCCCUGGGGACGGGCCUCAGAGGAGAUGAGAAGUUCGAUUCGGUGGAAGAAAUCAUUGAACACUACAAGUACUUUCCUAUUAUACUAAUUGACGGGAAGGAUAAGACGGGAAGCCACAGGGAGCAAUGUUACCUCACUCAGCCGCUCCCCCGCGCCCGGCAUUUGUCACCACCCUAG